AUGAAGAAAGCCGAUGUGGACUACUCGUUGUACCUGGUAACAGACUCGACAAAGGCGAUCCUAGGCGAUAAAGACAUCUGCCAGGUCGUCGAGUCGGCGUUGAAGGGUGGAGUUACCUGCGUCCAAUACCGGGAUAAAACUAGCGACACUGGAGUUCUCGUCGCAACAGGCCGCAAGCUACACGAAAUUACCAAGAAGUACAAUGUUCCUCUGCUCAUCAAUGAUCGGAUAGACGUUGCCUUCGCCGUUGGCUGCGAAGGCGUGCAUAUUGGACAGGAUGAUAUCGAUCUCGCGAGUGCGAGAAAGCUGCUGGGCCCAGACGCCAUCAUUGGGGUUACCGUGAGCAACCUCCGAGAGACGGAAGAGGCGGCCAUGGGGGGUGCUGAUUACAUUGGCAUUGGGACGGUGUUUGCUACUCUGACGAAAAAGAACAGCAAAAGCAUCAUCGGCGUGGAUGGGCUGCAACAGAUGCUCGUAUGCCUGCACACCUCCAAGUCGAAGAUCAAGACCGUCUGCAUAGGAGGUAUAAACGCCUCCAAUGUGUCUCGCGUCAUGUGGCAGAGCGCCUACAAGGAGAAGGCUCUAGAUGGAGUUGCCAUCGUGAGCGCCAUCAUGGCGGCCGCCGAUCCGGAAGCAAGCUCCAAGGAAUUGUUGCAACUCGUCAAGUCGCCGCCGGCAUUCGCAAAAAACGUUGUGAAGCCGGAUCAGCAGACGAGAUCAGCUGAGGAUAUUGUGGCUUUGGUUCCGAAGAUCAUCAAGAUGGUCGACAGCAAGAAACCGCUCUCGCACAACAUGACUAAUUUGGUCGUACAGAAUAUCGCGGCCAAUGUUGCACUGAGCAUUGGCGCUAGCCCUAUCAUGGCGAAUUAUGGGGAGGAGGCGAAAGACCUUGCGGCUCUGGGCGGUGCGCUCGUCGUCAAUAUGGGCACUGUGACCCCGGAUGGGUUGACGAACUACAUGAUAGCGCUCAAGGCAUACAACGACGCUGGGCAGCCGGUGGUCUUCGACCCAGUUGGGGCCGGCGCAACUGAAGUUAGAAGAUCGGCAACGAAGACUAUACUCGGUGGUGGUUAUAUUGACGUCAUCAAAGGAAACCAGUCCGAGGUCCUCACUUGCACCCCUGGCGGUUCUCAUCUCCAGCAACGUGGUGUUGACAGCACAGCAGGAGAUACCGAUCUCACAAAGCUCGGCAAUGUCGUCAAGGACCUAGCUGUCAUGAGAGCGGUAAUCGUCGUCAUGACAGGAAAAACAGACCUCGUCACCGCCGGAACCAAGGUUUUCAAGGUCGAAAACGGGCACGAGUAUCUGGGCAUGGUGACAGGGACUGGAUGUUGCCUAGCGACCACCAUCUCGGCCAUGGUUGCGGCAUACCCUGAGGACAAGUUGGCGGCCACCAUCGCGGGACUGCUGCAUUAUGAGAUUGCGGCGGAAUUGGCUGCCGAGCGACAAGAUGUCAAAGGACCUGGCACGUUCGUCCCGGCCUUCCUUGACGAGCUGUAUAAUAUUCGGAAAGCCACUGUUAAGGGGGAUUUGGUGUGGUUGGAGAGGGCCAAGGUUUCGGUACUCGAGUAA